AGGCCGGUCCAUCGCCGCAGCCCCUGAGAAAAAAGGACGUAAGAUACCGACGGUCCUUUCAUCCUGCCUCCUACCAGCCCUAACCAUACGUUUAUAAACCAAAUUAUCCUUUGACACGUCUGGGUAUCCAGCGGCGGUGCAUUCGGGUUUAUGAAUUGUUUGGUCUUCUAGGGAUAUUAUUUAAUUCAAAACAACAUCCGUGAUUGUUGGAGAAAUGUGAAAGCCACAAGAAUUGUCUUCUGAGCCAAGGAGGCCUUCACCUCAGGACCCCAACAGAACUUUGCUUUUAGGUGGCCUUCUCAUUGCCUGAUUGAACGGACACUUUGAUCGUUAUGAGACAUGAAUGAUGACUCCAAGGCUAUGGCCAGCGAACCGCUCGAAGGCUUCCACGAAGUGAACUUGGCUUCACCCACGACCCCUGACCUCCAUGGCCUGGCGGAGGCCCACCCGCCGAAGCGCAGCGCCGUGACCAGCGCCCUGUACCGCGCGCCCUCCCUGAACAACGCGCUCCGGGCCGACCAGCUGCCCACCCAGCCCGUGUACUCCACCCCCAAGCACCUGGACCAGCCCCACAAUGGCAGCGUCCCCGGGUUGGAGGUCCACCUCUCAGCCUGUGGCUCCGCCUCCUCGGGAUGCCCCGCCCGCCUGGGGGCGGAGUGCUGUAAAGGCGGGGCCCUGAGCGGCGUGGAGGGGGAGGAGCCUAUCUGCCUGGGCACCGACGCCCUGUCCCGUCUGCGGAGCCCCUCGGUGACGGAGGUGAGAGAGAAGGGGUUCGAGAGGCUGAAGGAGGAGCUGGCCAAAGCUCAGAGGGAGCUUGAGUUAAAAGACGAGGAGUGUGAAAAGCUCUCUCGCGUCAGGGACCAGCUCGGGCAGGAACUGGAGGAGCUCACGGCGAGUCUGUUCGAGGAGGCUCACCGGAUGGUACGGGAGGCCAACACCAAGCAGGCCACCGCUGAGAAGCAGCUGAACGAGGCCCUGGGAAAGAUCGACGUGCUGCAGGCAGAGGUGGCGGCUCUGAAGAAGCUGGUUCUCUCCACCUCCCCCACCUCGCCCAGCCGGGACCCCCCACUGGGGCCCAAGGCCCCCUUUAAGAAGAGCCAUGCCCGCAACAAGAGCACCAGCAGCACCGCGGCGGGGGGCCCACAGGAGCUCAGCAUCACCCAGCCCCUGGGCCGAGACUGCAAAGAGGUGGACCCACUGCUGCUCAGUGAGUUUAAAGCCUGGAGGGAGGACCCAACACUGGAGAGGAGCUGCUCUUUCCUGGAGAGAAUCUACAGAGAGGAUAUCUACCCCUGCCUCACCUUCUUCAAGAGCGAGCUGGGGUCGGCCAUCUUGGAGGCGGUGGAGAGGAACACUCUGAGCGUGGAGCCGGUGGGGUUCCAGCAGCUGCCCGUGGUCCGGGCCUCGGCCAUGGAGUGUGGGGGACCCAAGAAGUGUGCGCUCAGUGGCCAGAGCAAGACGUGUAAGCACAGGAUCAAGCUGGGCGACUCCAGCAGCUACUACUACGUGUCUCCCUUCUGCCGCUUCCGGAUAACUUCAGUCUGCAACUUCUUUACCUACAUCCGCUACAUUCACCAAGGGCUGGUCAAGCAGCAGGAUGCGGAGCAGAUGUUUUGGGAGGUCAUGCAGCUACGGAAGGAGAUGUCCUUUGCCAAGCUGGGGUACUACAAGGAGGAGCUGUGAUCCUAGAGGCUGGACGAAGGCAUGCCGUCUGCUCCAUUGGACAGGGAGGCCAGACAGACAGGGGAGUGCUCCAAUCACCACAACCCCCACAGGCCGGCCCCGCCUCCCUGCCCUCCCCUCCUCUCAUUUCAUUUCACAGGCCAUGCCCACCUUGCACCUCGAUGCGUUUUGAGCUGCAGAGCCCAGUGUUCUACACUAAGGCCAUGUCUGAAUCAGCACACUUGCCUACUAUUGAGUAUACAACUUGUUUACAACUUGUAUCCGACUUGUGUACUUGAUAGUAGGCAAGUGUGCUGAUUCGGAUAUGGCCUUUAUCUUAAUCAGGAAGAGAAAAGAGCUUUAUUAUAAUGAGAAAUCCUGAAUGAGUUCUCCUGAUGAGAUAAGGUUUGAUGAUGUUUCUCUUUGCAUUCGUUUUGAGGACUUUGGGGAAAAAUAAUAAAUGGGGGGGAAAAGAAAUUUGUGGAAUGUUGUAAUUUCAAACCAUACCAAUAAAGUGUAUCUGGCUCGAGUUCCUAAACUCAAACUGUAGUUAGCACUAGGUGGCAGUAAAGUUGUGUGUGUACGUAUGAUAUGUGCUGUAUGUAUGUUUGAUCUCUGUACAUCUGUUGAGUUUUUAUUUCGGCACCCCUGUCUUAUGACGCUUCCCUCACUUUAUUUUAGUGCCUUUCUGGACUAUACUAAAUAAAACUGUAUACCUCUG